AUUUGUUUCCGAAAGAAGAAAGAGAAUAGCGCGAUUCAUUUCAACACAGAUACGUGUGUGUGUGUGUGUGUGUGUAGUGCGUGAAGUUGAGACGACGUCGUAGCGUGCAUCGAAGAUGUUUCGGAACCAGUACGAUACCGACGUGACGACAUGGUCGCCGGCGGGGAGGCUUUUUCAGGUGGAGUAUGCAAUGGAGGCAGUGAAGCAAGGGUCGGCGGCGAUAGGUUUGAGAUCGAAGACGCACGUGGUCUUGGCUAGUGUGAACAAGGCCAACUCCGAAUUGUCUUCACACCAGAAGAAGAUCUUCAAGGUGGAUGACCACAUCGGCGUGGCCAUCGCCGGUCUCACUGCCGAUGGACGUGUUCUCUCCAGAUACAUGCGAUCCGAGUGUAUCAAUUACAGUUACUCUUACGAGUCUCCUCUUCCUGUUGGCCGACUCGUAGUACAACUCGCUGACAAAGCUCAGGUCCAAAGCCCUAAUCCCUUUCUGCCUAUACAUUCUUAUUCGUUUGUUCGGUGCCGAAUGCCGAGUGUUGGAAGUGAUCAUUGUCUGAUGAGGAAGAAGAAAGCAUGGAAUCCACCUGCUGUUCCAAACCAUACCAGCUUUGGGAUUCUAAGUCUAGAUUUUAUUUUUCUUAUUCAUUUCUCAGUGCAAGCAGUGGAGUCCCAGUGUAAAAUCCCAUCCUUGCCUUAUUACAAGCCCAUAAACCCUACUCCUUUCUCCAUAACAAACCCAAAAGCCCAACCCUUCCCUUUGGCGGGGAUUCAGGUUUGCACACAGCGCUCAUGGAAACGGCCAUAUGGUGUUGGUCUGCUGGUAGGUGGGUUGGAUGAAUCUGGAGCUCAUCUAUACUACAACUGUCCAAGUGGGAACUACUUUGAAUAUCAAGCUUUUGCCAUGGGGUCUCGCUCACAAGCUGCAAAGACGUACUUGGAGCGGAAGUUUGAGAACUUCAUGGACUCUUCAAGAGAUGAUCUACUCAAGGAUGCACUUUUUGCACUAAGGGAAACUUUACAAGGAGAAAAGCUUACCAGCUCAAUAUGCACGGUUUCUGUGCUAGGAGUAGGAGAGGCAUUCCAUACAUUGGACCAGGAAACUGUACAAGCGUUGAUCAAUGCAUUCGAGGUUGUGGGUGAAGAGGGUCCUACUGAGGAAGCUGCAGCUACUGACCUAGGUGCUGCUGCUGACCAGGGAGUCCCUGCUGACGAGGGUGUGGCUCCAAUGGAUAUUUGAAGAUAUGGCAGCCUUUAUUCGCCUUGCUUACUUAUCUUAGAAUGAGGUUUCUAAGAUAUGUCGGUAGAAACAUCAGUUUCUGGUUGGAUAUUUAUUUUUUGUGGGAUUGUCUUUUUAUUUUAUUGAUGAAAACAUUUAACAGCAUGCUUAUGUUGGGCUUCCCUUUUAAAUUGUAUUUGAAAUUGUUUCACAUCUAGAUGAAUAUUGAUUGCGUUAAUCUAGGC